AUGCCUCCGCAUGUCCCGACUCUCACGCUCUACGGCAACCACUACAACAUCGGCCUGCAACAUGGCCAGAAAGCCAAGGAUCGCAUUCAAAACAACAUAAAAACCUAUACGACGUUCUUCCACGAAACCGCGGGUCUCUCCUGGCCCGAAUCAAGAUCCCGCUCGGACAUCUUUGUCCCAACUUUGCAAAGGCUCUACCCCGCCAUCCUCGAUGAGAUUAGAGGGAUUGCAGAUGGUUCAGGUCUUGAGUUUGCGGACAUACUAGCACUAAAUGUCCGGAGUGAGAUUGCGCUUACGAACUACGAGAAUGCGCCAAAAGAUCCGGAUGAGGAACGUAUGCAGAUACCGGAGAUCACGGAUGGGUGUACGUCCCUAGCGCAGUUGAGCGCGGAUAAAGAGAGGCUCGUAGUUGCGCAGAACUGGGACUGGCUGCCUGAGUUGGCGGGCGGGAUGGUGGUUUUGGAUGUCGCCAUUUCCGAGUCUGAUUUCAGUUCGGAACGACAGGCCAACGGGAAUAAUAAUGGUCGCGGGAAGAGGUUCUUUACUUUGACCGAGGCCGGCCUCGUUGGGAAGAUUGGCCUCAAUUCAUCUGGGCUUGCCAUCUGCCUUAACGCUCUACGCUGCGGCGCCUUCGAUGCCAGCAGAUUACCGACCCAUAUCAUGACGCGGUAUAUCCUCGAGCACGCAUCGGAGUUCACCGUAGCAGUAGAAAUGAUCCGCGAGGUUGGAGGUGCUUCAACGGCCAAUAUGCUGAUGGGGGACGUGUCCGGCAGAUUCGGCACUGUGGAGGUUACGCCGUUGGGGAUUUCGGUCCUUGAGCCUGCCAGCAGGCCCUCUACCUCUGAGGUUGAGUCAGAAUCAGGGUUCUAUCUAAAGAAGGGGAAAGGGCCACUAUUCAUCGCACACACGAACCACGUCGUCACGCCACCAACGGGGUUCCCUCGUGGUGCGAUCUACGAUCGACCAGCGGCUAACUCGUUCGCGAGGUUGGAGCGGAUAACUGAGCUGGCGAGGGAUGAUGCGCAGGAGAGCGUGCGGGUCUGUGCAGAGUCAGUCUAUGCGCGCUUGAGGGAUCAGAAGGGGGAUCCGACGGGGAUCUGUCGCGGGUUACCGGCGAAUGCGCGGGGCAUGGAGAGGAUGACGACGCUGGCGAGUGUGGUGGUUGAGAUGGAUGUCGCUAAAAAGAAGGCGAGAGGGAGCGUUACGGCUGGAAGGCCUUGUGAGGACGGGUUGCAGAAGAUUGAGUGGGAGUUUUGA